AUGGGUGAGAAAGAAACUGUGCAGAAUUAUUUGUCGAGAGUGACUGAAAUUGUCAGUCAAAUGGGAUCCUAUGGUGAAAGUAUCAGCGAUGAACAAGUUGUGGGUAAAGUUUUAACAAGUUUGAGUGAAAGCUUUGAUUAUCUUAUUCCUGCCAUUGAGGAGUCAAAGGAUCUGUCCACUUACACAUUUGAUGAAUUGAUGAGUUCUUUGUUAGCCCAUGAAACCAGGGAGGCCGAUACGGUAGAGGCGGAUUUCGCGGUGGAUUUCAUGGCCGAAGACGUGGCAGUGGCAGAGGACGCGGACGCCAGGAUGAGGGACGUCAAAACAUAUAAGGUAUUCAAUGUCAUUAUUGCAAGAAGAAUGGACACAAAGAAGCUUUCUGUUGGAGUAAGCAAAAAAGAUGAACAAAAGGUAAAUUUCACAGAGAAAGUGGAAGAGGAAAAUAAUCUAUUCAUGGCACACACAAAUAUAGUUGCUGAUGCAAAUGAAAGAAUGUGGUUCGUGGACAGCGGGUGCUCAAAUCAUAUGUCCGUGUCAAGGUCAUUAUUCAAAGAUUUUGAUGAGAAGCAAAAAUGGAGAGUGCGUCUUGGAGAAGAUAAACAAGUCUCUAUUGAAGGCCGAGGUGCAGUGGCUAUCAAAACUGUUUAA